UAGUUCCACCUUCUUUUGCCCCUCGUCUUCCUCUGCCCUCGAUCGCUAUUAACUCCACCACCACCAUCAACCAGCAGCAGAAGCCCACGCACCGAUGGCUUCUGCUUCAGUCGGCUCGUGCUUCUCCACCACCAUCACCUCACGAGCACUUCCCCCCAAGCUCCCCUCCUCUGACGCCGUCCUCCUCCGCCUUCCCCUCCCCCUUCGCGCCUGCCGCCCGCAGCACCUACUCUCCGUAGCUCACCUCUACAAUACUCAGAGCUUCAGGUUUCCGAGGAGGACCUUGGCAGCGGUGGCGCAGGACGAGGCCACCGCCGCGGCCGUUCAAGAGGAGGAGGAGGAGGAGGAGGCAGCAGCGGAAGAAACAGGGGAGGCAGAAGCACAGCCGCUGGAGGAGGCGGCUUCUCUUUCCCCUGCCGAUACUGCCGCUGUGGCUCAGACCACAAAACUCUAUUUUGGAAAUAUGCCUUACAACUGCGACAGCGCGCAGCUGGCCGGCAUCAUCCAGGAGUACGCCAGCCCCGAGCUGGUCGAGGUGCUUUACGAUAGGGACACUGGAAGAAGCAGAGGGUUUGCUUUUGUCACCAUGAGCUCUGUGGAAGAUUGUGAACAAGUCAUAAACAAUCUUGAUGGAACUCAAUUCGGUGGCAGGACAAUGAAGGUGAACUUCGCCGACAAGCCAAAGCCUAAAGAGCCAUUGUACCCCGAAACCGAGCACAAGCUCUUCGUUGGCAACCUCUCUUGGUCAGUCACCUCGGAGGUCCUGACUGAAGUGUUUCAGGAGCAUGGAAAUGUGGUUGGGGCACGGGUUCUUUACGACGGAGAUACAAGUCGGUCUCGGGGCUAUGGCUUCGUCUGCUAUUCAACUAAGGAAGAGAUGGAACACGCCUUGGAAGUUCUCAACGGAAUGGAAUUAGACGGUCGGGCAUUACGAGUCAGCUUAGCUCUAGGAAAGAAAUCCUAAGAAAAAAAAAAACAGACAAACAAACAAGAAUUGGCCAUAUAUAUUCUGAAGCAAGGUUCCACUGUCAUGAAGAGAAGGUUGGGCAUGAUGUUGAGCACCCUAAUAAGAGGAAACACAUCUUGAAGAUUUAUUUUUCAUUGAAUUUUAUCAAGCAUCAUGUAAUUAAAGUCUUGAACUCUUGUAUCAGGUACUUAAUUGAACUCAUGUAGUUAGAGUUUCAAUAAGAUGCAUUUUUUAAUAAAGUAAAAUCAAACCAAGAAAAAUAAUCUAUGUUUGCUUGUA